CACUUAAUAACUAGUAAAUAUCAUAAAUGUCAAAACAGUGGAUACUUUCCACAGACUGGACUCUGAAACGCAUGAAUCACUUGAAAAACAAACUUAAUAUUGAUUUCACAUUUUAAUUCAGUUUUACUAUUUGUUCGCUAUAUAUACGCCACACACAGUGUAUACCCCGGGUAUAUACAUGUAUAUAAAGUCCGUACACUUAACAGUGAAACGCAUACUAACCGUAAACACGGCGCUCAACGCUAUACGCUAUAAAUCGGUGCAAACUAUACGACCACUCAUUGUCUCCCAUAAUAAGCCAUUCAUUGAUAAAACUCCGCAAAACUUGCUAUUAAUUGGUCUGAAGUCGCGAACUAUGGCUACAAAUGAUCCGAAAACAGCCAAAACUCUGUACGAGUUCACCGCCAAAGACAUCGACGGCAAUGAGGUAUCACUGGACAAAUACAAGGACCACCCGGUGCUGGUGGUGAACGUGGCGUCCAAUUGCGCACAGGUAUCACUGGACAAAUACAAGGACCACCCGGUGCUGGUGGUGAACGUGGCGUCCAAUUGCGGUCUAACCAAAAACAACUACAAACAGCUGAACGAGAUGUACGGCAAGUACGAGGGGCAGGGCCUACGCAUACUGGCGUUCCCCUCGAACCAGUUCAACGGUCAGGAACCGGGAUGUGAUAUCGACAUCAAAGAGUUCGCUAAGAAAAAUGACGUCAAGUUUGAUAUGAUGUCCAAAAUCGAUGUCAACGGUAACAGCGCCCACCCUCUAUACCAAUGGCUGAAGAACCAGAAGGGAGGCCUACUUGGCUUCGACGCCAUUAAAUGGAAUUUCACGAAGUUUUUGAUCGACAAAAACGGCGUUCCCAUCAAACGGUUCGGCCCGACCACUGAGCCCAAGGACUUGGAAAAAGACGUCAAGGCUCAGCUGUAAGCUACUUGUCCUCCCGACCCGCCAAAGACCUCCCGUUCCCCUCCCAUUUCAACUUAUUAAUUGGUGGACAGACACCUAUAGUCUAGUAUAUAUAUACGGUAUGUCGUGCUAUAGUAGACACGGAAACGAAUUUUAAACUAUUAAUUGAUUUGUUAAAUAAAUACUUAUUUAUAUUAACAAUGAGUUUAUAAUAACUUAGGUUUUGAUUUUGUAUGCAAU